AUGGACUACGCGCGUAGCAUGAUCAGCAGCUCCGCCGUGCCAUUCCGUGCUGCCGGCGAUGGCGGAGGACAGGUGUUUCUCUUUGGCGGCGGCGGAUUCCUUCGAGGAUUGCCGUUGGUGGGUGGCGCCAGCGCUGAUGCCGGUGCGGCGGACGGCCGGAGCAAGCGGCCGUUCCAGCUGACGGCGGCGCACGAGGAGCUGCAGCUGCAGCUCCAGCUGGAGCUGGGCGACGACGAGCUGUGCGGCCUCGACUACGACCUCCACGGGCCGCAGCAGCAGGAGCGCACGAAGCGGCGGCUGACGGCGGAGCAGGUGCGGGACCUGGAGCUGAGCUUCGAGGAGGAGAAGCGGAAGCUGGAGCCCGAGCGGAAGAGCGAGCUGGCGCGAAGGCUCGGGAUCGCGCCGCGCCAGGUGGCCGUGUGGUUCCAGAACCGCCGCGCGCGCUGGAGGACCAAGCAGCUGGAGCAGGACUUCGACCGCCUCAGGGCCGCGCACGACGCCCUCCUCGCCGGCCGCGACGACCUCCUCGCCGAUAACGAUCGCCUCCGCUCACAGGUGAUCACGUUAACUGAGAAACUGCAAGUGAAGGAGUCGUCAGCGUCAGAGCCGGAAGAGCAGACAGUUGCCGUUCAAGAGACGGUCUAUACUCUUUUCCAAGAAGACAAGCUCUACUCCGAGAUCGCCACCGACAACGCUGCAGCGGCGGCGCCAGGGACCAACGACAGCCCGGAGUCCUACUUCGUCGGGGCGCGGUCGCCUCCGUCGUCGCCAGAGGACGACGACUGUGGCUGCGGCGCCGAUGACCGCACCUUCUUCCUCCCAGACGCUCUGCUCGCCACGACCGUGGAGCAGGGCCUUGGGGGUGCUGCUGAAGAGGAUGGGGCGCAGCUCAACAACUGGGCAUGGUUAUGGAACGAUCAGCAGUAUUAG